AUGACACGGAAUUCGAAGCCUAUUGUAUUCAAGCGUAUUCAAAGCACGUUCAGGAUCUUUUCGCCUGACGAAUUGACAUCGAACAAGUUGAAGCGUGUACUCGACGCCACAAUUCGUACUAUGGAGGUAAAUAUACACAUAAAGCUCUCUACCGACGGUCGGAUCAUCGAGGUACUUUCAGAGCAUACUUGUCAGGGUCUUCUGCAAGGCUAUACAUUAACUGGAAGAACAGAUUUAAUUUUCAAGCUAAGAACCGUAAGUAGCAUUCGUACUUUUCUUUCAACAGUAAUAGAGAGACUAUGCUCGUUUUUAAUCAAAUAUAAAAGGUUCGUUGGUAUCAUAACGACUAUGCUGAUCCAAUAUGCCAAGUUUUGGAAAAUGGGACAAGAAACGCUAUGGCGAAGACCAGUGCCAUCCAUCAAUUACAUGGAGAAACAGAACUCACAUGCUCGCUUUGAAUCUUGUAAAGUAGCACAUUAUGGCGACACGAGCAUAAUGGGUUCAGUCACCAAAAUCUGGCCUUCUUUUAUUAGCGCCAAGACCACACGCUCGCUGCUUUGGAUCACUUCAGCCGAAAAAGUCGCCGAACACUGUCGAGCCGGUGUAUCCGUAUGGUCCGAGUAUAGCACAGAUGGCGGUAAAGAACCAGACGUUGUGAUUGUCGGAUGUGGUGUCGAGACAACAUUUGAGGCCGUGGCAGCUGCAGCUUUACUCAAUAAAGAUUAUCGCAAUUCACGUGUGCGUCUAGUUAAUGUUACGGAUUUCAUGGUGCUUGGUCGGACCCAUUCGCAUAGAUUGUCCCAAGACGAAUUCGAGGCUAUUUUCACACUGGGGAAACUCAUCAUUUUCAAUUUCUAUGGAUAG